AUGUGCUAUUUUCUCACCGGUCUAGCCGACGAGGCCCUCACGGUGAAACUCGUAGAGGAGGCCCCGGCCACCUUCGCCGAGGUGCUUCAGAAAGCGAAGAAAGUUAUCGAUGGACAGGAGCUCCUUCGAACCAAAAUCGGCCAAGGCAGAAGUGGAAAAGAUAUGGAAAAUACAGAUCCCAAGUCCAAGGACAAGGGAUCCUUUUCCAACGGCCGAGCUGAGUAUCGGAGGGCGGAGAACGGACCUACCAGGAGCCGACCUUACGAACGCUUCACCCCGACCACGAUUCCAAUUUCCGAGAUCCUAACGAACAUCGAGGAGUCUGGAAUGGAAAAACUACUCAAACGUCCUGAGAAGCUUCGGGGAGCCCCGGAGAGACGCAGCAAGGACAAAUAUUGCCGCUUCCAUCGGGAGCACGGCCAUAACACGUCGGACUACUGGGAGUUGAAGAGCCAAAUUGAAGAUCUAAUUCAGGAUGGCUACUUCAAGAAAUUUGUGGGAAAACCCAGGACCAGCUCGGCAGAAAAAAAGGAAGAGCGGAAGCGUUCGAGGACGCCGCCCCGGCGCACUGACCGACCUGCGGUCAUCAAUACCAUUUUCGGAGGGCCAAGCGGGGGUCAGUCCGGACAUAAAAGAAAGAAGUUAGCUCGUGCAGCCAGGCGCGAGGUGUGCAUCAUCAGGGAGCARAGGCCGACCUGCCCAAUCACCUUYGACGRUGCAGACUUGGAKGAGGUCCACCUGCCCCACAAUGAUGCACUUGUGAUCGCUCCCUUGAUUGAUCAUGUGGUGGUCAGGAGGGUGCUGGUAGACGGAGGCGCAUCUGCUAACAUCCUGUCCUUACCGACCUACCUCGCCCUGGGAUGGACGAGGUCGCAAUUGAAGAAAAGCCCGACACCGCUGGUUGGGUUCUCCGGAGAAUCAGUCGUCCCAGAGGGUUGUAUCGACUUGCCGGUCACGCUUGGGCAGGACCAAACUCGGGUCACCCAAAUGGCCGAGUUCGUGGUGGUUGACGGUAGAUCGGCCUAUAACGCCAUCUUUGGAAGGCCCAUCAUCCAUUCAUUUCGGGCCAUUCCCUCGACACUUCAUCAAGUUUUGAAGUAUUCCACCCCCAAUGGCGUGGGCACGGUCCGAGGAGAACAGACCGCUUCAAGGGAGUGCUAUGCCUCCRCACUCAAAGGUACAUCGGUCUGCGCCCUUGAAACUCUCACCAGUAGGGAUGGGACGCUCGAGUUCGAGGCCGACCUGCCGAKGAGGGAGUUUGCCGCACCCAMUGAGGAGCUCGAGCUUGUUCCUCUGCUUAGUCYCGAGAAGCAAGUCCAACUCGGAUGUCUUUGCGUGGUCSCAUGA